CCGGUCCCCGGCCGGGAUGCCGGGCGGCCGGCGAGGCGGGCGGGAGGAGCGGGAGCGGCGGCGGCGGGGGGCCGGGACCCCCGGCGGGGGCCUCCGCCGGCAGCAGGACCGGGCCCUCGGCGGCGGCAUCUACCUGCUGCGGGAGAUGGGCCCCGCCGGCUUCUUGCUGAGGGAGGAGCAUCCCGACGGCCGCAACUUCCGAGUGUAUCUUGGAGAUCCUCAUUCUUGUAAUUGUACCAAAUUUCUGAAGGAAAACCAUCUCUGUAAGCAUAUCUGUUGGGUUUUGCUGAAAAAAUUCAAGCUUCCGAGAAAUCAUGAAUAUGCUUCUCGGUCAGGUCUUGGGGAACGAGAGAUCAGUGAACUACUGAAUGGAUUACAUCAAGGUCAGAGAACUCAACUCGGUCAAUCUGCUAAACUACCACAAAAAGAAGAUGGACAGAUUAAACAGAAAACAAUCGAUGCACAGGAUGUCUGCCCUAUCUGUCAAGAAGUAUUAUUGGAAAAAAAGCUUCCAGUCACUUACUGCAGGGAUGGUUGUGGUAACAGUAUUCAUAUCAAAUGUAUGAAGAUCUGGGCUGACCACCAGGGCGAUUUAAAGGCCGACUCUCCAGUGAAGUGCCCUCUUUGCAGGGCAGAGUUCGCACCGUUAAAACACAUUUUAGAGGAAUUUAGAAACUCCAGCAAACUUGAGACGGCAGCGGAGAUAGAACCCCUGGACAAACACCUAGGAAUUCCCUGUAAUCACUGCAAAAGAUUUCCAAUUGAAGGAAAAUGCUACAGGUGCACUGAGUGUGCUGACUAUCAUUUGUGCCAUGAAUGUUUCAGUGGUUGUUGCCAUCCCUUGCAUCUUUUUGUCUUUCGAAAGAAAAGAAAUCAGAAGUGGAGAUCACUUGAGGGAAAUUUGCAAUUGCCUCCUCCAGAUGGAAAUGUUAGAAGCACAGAUCCUGAAAAAUACAAUGAAGAAGAUAUGUUGCCCCUUCAAGAAAGGACUAGUUGCACCCCAAAGCACAUUAUUAAGAUAUUGCCUCUCAUUCCGAUCACCAAGAACAGCAAGCUGCUCUCCCCAGGACACCAGUGUCGACUUUGCUUGAAGAGUUUUUGUCUUGGUCAAGAAGUCAGACUCUUGCCGUGCAAUCACAAGAUCUUGGGAGACUGCUCUGUUAAUAUUCAGAGAUGCCAUAAUCAACAUGUUUGGAGGUGCUCUUUGGCUUUGCUGAGAAAGAACAUCGAGAUUGGUGUGAUGGAAACAGUAGUGAUAUCAGGAAACGUCUCAAAACCAUCCUGACCAGUAUCAAACAUAGUUCAACAACAGGAACUCUGCAGCAAAUAAAUAGGAGACUACCAGCACGCUAAGCAAGUGAUCUAAAUCAGACUGAAUCAGAUGAAGAAGAAGCGGUGGAUGGUGAAAGCUGAGAAGCUGCAGGCAGCAGGGGAGAGGACAUUUCUUGAAGAGCUUUCGCGUAGUGUGGGAGCUGAACUGCAAACGUACUAGUCUGUCUUAAGGCAGACAAGUCACAGCUGCUGAUUGAUCCCGCUGUACCCUGAACAGGUGGACUGAACACUCAGAUAGAGUUUAUGGCCAAUCAUCGGUUCUGGAUUCCACCGUAAAUGAUGGAGCACAGCUUCUGCGAUUAACCACUUGGCCCUUUUGCCAGUCGUUGCAGAAGUUCCGAAGGCUAUAAAUCGGGCAUCCGAGGGAAAGGGCCAGAUGGCAUUCCUGCAGAGAUCUUCAAGUAGGGCAGACACCAGCUCACCAGAAAGCUGACUGAAUUCAGUGUGUAAACUGGAAACGGGAAGAAGUGGCACCGGAGUUCAAAGGGGGCAUGUUGCCCACCUGGUUAUGGAGGAAAGACAAUUGUGCCUCAAGCAGUAAUCACAGUGGGAUGGCUCCGCUGGUCACCACUGGAGACCACAGCUGUGGAGAGCAUAGCCAGAGUAAUGUGGAACCAAAUAAAUGACCAGGUGGCAGAAAAACGACUUCCAGAGACAACGUAACUUUAAAUCUAAAUGGAAUACUACUAAACUGAAUUGUACCGCCCCAUCAGCUACACGAGGAAUAAAGAAAGCACAAUCAGUAUUGGGUUUUCACCAACCUCAGAAAAUCUUUCCACUGUAAAUUGAGAUUUCCUGGGUGAUAUUUUUUGCAAGUUUGGCUGUCUGGAAAAGUUUACCAAUCUCACCAGCUCGCUCCACCAUUACAGUGAAAGAGUUCUUGUGCCCGGCUACCUCGGGAUAUGUUUUACUGUCACAAAUGAUAUCCCAUGUCACACGUAUGGCCAUGCUGGCAGAUACGUUCAGACGCAUGGAAGGUAGUGGCCAACAUGCAGUACUGGAUAGAUGGUAUACUUUUAGAUCUUCAGUGGUUUCUUGUGAAGACAAAGGUGGCUAGGAUUCUCACCCUUAUUGCCUUGUGGAUAGAGCCUGGUUUUGGGAAUCAAAAGAAGUUGGGUUCUCAUCCCAUCUCCAUCACUUGUCUGCUGUGUGACCAAUUCUGCCACUUGAGCAGCAUGCUAUCGCAGAGUCCAUUAUAAAUGAUGACCCACCCCCCCAAACAUAGUAAGUGUUUAACAGAUAGCAAAAAAAGCAAAAUCAAAUCUAAAACAAAACAAACAUUAGAGUGACCACUGUGACGUUUGGAAAUCUAAAAUGCACAAUCUGAAAGAAAGGACGAAUCACCCUAAAACAAAAGUUGAUGUUUUCUUGGCUCCUUCAUUACUAUGUGGCUCAGAAACAUGGACACCUAUCAGUGGCUUAUCCAACUGAUUACAUCUGUCCUGCCUGAGGCAGAUGGCU